CGCUCAUAUGACCUUAUGCAGUUGCGAGCGCCGUAAAACACUUUACAAAAACAACAAGACGUACUGACUACAAGUUCUCAUCGUAUUCUUGGGUAGAUAGCAAGUCUAUCCUGACAACUAAAAUGUGUAUGUACGUCGGUGGAAUGCAUGUUGGUCUCUUCCCCUUCCCAGCUUCCCUUUUGCUUCCUCUGAGAAAUAAGUCAGUAACAUUCAUGACAACGGACUGGACUUGUUCCCUCUUCCAACAGGUGAGCAGUUCUUUGCCUUGCAGUGUCCACUACCGAAACAACCCUAUCUUGGAUUGUUGGCAGAAUAUUGAUGAGGUAGUCGUGGCUCUUUAUGACAGUGGUGUCCUCAAACAGUCCUUGACCUUUGACGCCGCCGGCACAGACUACCUGUCCUGGUUCAGCCCUAAAAAACUCAAGGACGCCGGCAACUGGAAGGACCUGAAGGGACUAAGUACCAACUACUUCAGUAUUCCUGGCUACGUCAGGGUGAAGCGGAACUUCUACAUUAACCACAAGUUCGGGGGCUGUGGGGGCGAUAUUGGGUGGCUGUUAGUCGUUGAUCAGGCUAAUGCUAAAUGCGGCUAUGAAAAGUUUAAAACAUUCCCACAGUUCUUAUACAACAGUCGCGACACACGUAUGAAUUUUAAAAGUAAGUUCAGGGCUCUGGCUGACGUCAUGGCUGUUUUUGUUAAGUAUCGUUCAUCUCCCCGUGCUUAUUAAAGAGGGACCCAGCUUAAAGUUUCCAGUUCAUAAUACGAAAAAAAGGACGACAAAAUAUCUAGAAUGAAUGAAGUUAAAGCUACAAGAUUUUUUUAAGGGAACUUGCAGUUUUCUCUUUCUUUGGAAUAAAGUUAGCAUAUUCCGUGCUAGCAUUCUAUUACAUUUUAAAGUAGAUAUUUGUGUGAGCAAUUUAUUUGUUUUCGGUUCACUGAAAACUUUCCCAGACGUCAAAUAAGCUUUGAUGCUCAACCUUCUUGGAAAAGGUUGAAAGGAGCCCUUUUUUGUCUUUGUUAUUCGAAUAAAAAUGUAACUUGAAUCAGUGGAAACCUGUGUCCAAUUUUGAGUUUGUUCAGUAAUUAUUUUUUUUAACGGAAAAUGAAAGACUGAACAAAUCAGUCUGCAUUGUCUUUUCCAUUACCCAACCUAAAAGACAAUGAUAAAGGGCUUUAUAUUAUGUUUAGUUUAUAUUUUCAAAUAUCAUAUUAUGUGUUUUUAAUAGGACCAUUAAAAU